GCACUGCCUCCUCCCCCCUCCUUCCAUGCACUGGAUGUAGAGAUUAGGAAACUAUUGAUGCUUGCUGGAUUGACCCAAGCUGAGCUCCUCAAGCUCAGCCCAGAACUUGGUGAUUGUGUUGGAGGGUUAGAGGAUGAGGGAGAUGAAAAUUAUGUUAUCUCGUCCAAGUCUGGGGAGCUACAUGAGUUCAGGCUAAAAGAGACCGCCGGGGAGAAGGAAUGUGACUCAGAGUUGACAACCAUAGAAGGAUGGAGCAGCAGGAGCAAGUUGGAUGGAGAUCGAAGAGCAGAUAUAGCUGAAGAAUGCAAAAAGAACGCACAAAGAACAACCUCGUUCACUGAGAUGGCAAGAAGAAAGAAAAGGAACAGCGGUCUGACCUCUGACCCUUACUACACCACUGGUUGUAGCGAUACACAUGAAACUAAAGCAAAGAAUAUGAGCUUUGAGUCUUUCCGGUAUCCUGCCGUGGUACCAGAUUCACCUCCCCCUCCUCCUCCUCCUCGCCCUUUACCCCCAAUCCCCCCAUCUGUGCCACCUCACAAAGUCAGCACUCUCCUGGCUAACUCUGCACAGCCUGAGCGAUUUGAUUGGCUCAUAGCAUUCACACCUGAAUGUGAAGCCCUACCACAGCUGCCACCCCUGGCAAUGAGACGAUCUCACGUGGAAACUCAAAAGAAGGUCAGUUUGUCAGGGUCAUCUCCGGGGUCAGCUCCAAAGGUCACAACUUUUAAAGAGAUGCGUUACCGCAACAAGAGCACCUUCCCCACAACAAAGGUGAUCACUGAUCCAGACCCUGACCCAACAGUUAUUACUCCAGAUGCAGAUAUACUGUACAACCUGAGGUGGAGAAGGGAAAUGGCAGGCGGCGACGGCAACCAAUGGGAGUACACCUCCCAGGCUCAGGCCUUCUUCAUGCAGCCGCCACCAGCCCUCACCUCAAUGGCAGCUCUAAAGGAAAUGCUCCAGAGAGCUGACGAGGAGGGUAGACAGCCGGAGCUGUGCCCAUCUCAGAAGAUUGGCUGCUCUCUCAGCGACAGCAGCCUAUGGACCAUGGGCAGAGAGUGGGAGGGUGAAGAAGUUAAGAGAGAGGAAAAGGAAGGGAAAGAAGAAGAGAAGGUGGAGGUGGAGGAGAGAGGACGAGCCGAUGGAGAAAGGACUUUCGAAUCAAGGACCACAGUUUCCUCCCCCCCACUGUCCCUUGCCCAGUCCUCCCAACCCUACUUCCUCCACACUGCCCUCCCUGCCUAUCACCCGGGCUACUGUAACUCCCUGCCCUUUGCAGAUCCCAGACCCAACAGCCAUGUAGGCAGGGAGGCCACAGAUAAACACUGUAACACAGAGUGGGCCCCUGCUGCAAGCUCAGCUUGUAUCCACAGAGAUGAUUCAAGCACUAAUAUAAGCUCUGGCUAUAACAAGGAAUCCCUGGAUGAUUUUGGUGUAGACCCUCCUCGUGAUUAUGGGAAUAUCUUUAAAACACACAAGGACUUUGCGUCUGACUCUAUUUGUAAUUUUGACUCUCUAUAUUACAGUGACUCAGACACGCACACAAAGUCAGACACACCUGUUUGUGGCACCACAGUGGCUCCAGUUUGUACCACCCCUUAUAAGAACAUUGAUGUCAUGAUGACGUAUUCAAACAGUGUCAGUGCUAUGGAUUCGCUGUAUUCAGAAAAGCGCACCCACUCGCACACAGACAACAACAGCAACAAAAGAGCGUCCAAAGAGCUUCCUCCUCUCCCCACAUAUUACCUGUACCACCCUAAAAACUGCCCUAUGCACAGGGGUGCCCCUCCUCGCCUCUCCCCUAUUGGAGCCCUCUCCCCUCCCCAGCGCUCUGGAGUGCCCCCUCCAGGCACAGCAGGUUUUGGCCUCAGUUCCCCGCUUUUCCCCCGCUCUCACACCUUGCCUGCCCUCGCUGCUCCCCUCUACUAUCCAAACCUCUACCCUCCUAUACCGCCCAGGGCACCCCCCUUACCCCCAAAACUCUACCAGGCUCCACUGCAGUCAAGCGUGGCGACUGUUCGCAGUGUCUCUUUCGCUGGCUCUGUACAGAGGACCGAGAUAUCCUGGAUGGGCGAAGAUGUGAAGCAUCCAAUGAGGGGUCUGGGCCUGUCCUCUCUGUGCCUACAGGAAAAAAAAGCUCUGGUCAGUGCGGUCAGUGUGGCAGUGGAAGCCAUCUUGGCCCAGUUCAGCUCUUCUCGGACUGUAGUUCAGAAGGCCUUAUCAGGAGACAGCACUAUAAAUCCAUCUCUGGGCCGUCUGGUGCUGCAGUGUCUCUGCCCUGCCCUGCACAGCUUGCUGACCGAUGGCUUGAAACCUCACCAGAGUGACCUGAUUGCAGGCAGGAGGCCAAAUUCCGCCUGGGGUCUGGUUCAGGCCUCAACCAGGCCAGGUCCUAAAACUCAAGCAUUGUUCAACUUACAAGUUCGUGUUGGAGAGCUGCCUCAGCUCAGGCAGAGCAAACACAGAUUCAAUGCAUUCCUCCUUGGCCUACUGAAUACCAAGCUUCUUGAUGUCUGGCUAUCUCACCUUCAGUCUUGCAGUGAUGUGCUGGAGACAUAUUACCACCCCACCUCCUACAUGCGUCUUUCGCUAAGCGCCUGCCAGCCUCUGUUUGAGGAGCUGCUCCUCGUGUUGCAGCCUCUCAGCCUGCUGACCUUCAACCUUGACCUGCUCUUCCAGCACCACCAUUUAGAGCCGGACAGUCCUAGUCCAGUAAUCCCCAGCCCACCUUGUCAGGAUGCUGGAUUCCAGUUUUCAACAGAGGAUUCCCAAUCCAAAACCACAGACUCCAGAUAUAUUGAAAGCCUCUCAGAAGUAGACUUUGGAAGCCCAGAACAUCGGGCAACCAAAAUAUCCUCACCAUUGAGUCACCCAAAGAAUGGAGGGCCAGGGGAGUCAACACAUAGCGGUACUGCACCCAUAAAGGCUUCGGUCACUAUCGGGCAGACAAGUCCUCAGCUGUUGUGGGUGCAGGAGAAGGAAAUUGGAGACUUAACUCUUCCUAAUGUUGAGGAGGACAGCCUUGCAGUGCAGGCUGGACAGGUGAUCCAACAGGGAUGGGGUGCUGUGAUGCGUUGGGGAGGCAGACUGAGCCAGAACCUGUCUGAGCUGAGCCUGAAAAAGGAGGAGAUGAAGACAGAUCUGCCGGACCUCCGGGCCCAAGUAGGGAGUGACUUCACUCCGGUCAGCAGUGGUGCUCAGGUUCCCUGGGGUCUGGGGCUGCGGCUCUUUGGGGCCUCUAAAAGCCUCAACAGCCCACCAGGUCACACACCCCUAACCAGACGUCCCUCUCAGUGGCUGGCUCCUGGGGUCACUGCACUGACCCGAAUGGUGAGCAGCAACUCCACCCCGAUUAUAAGGAGGGCCCCGGAGCCCCAGAAAGAAAGUGAGCCAGAAACAGAGAAAGAGAUUGACACACUGGAGAUGAAGGACAAACCCAGACCACUCAGGUCAAUACGAACGCUGUGUGACCACUCUGGAACCGGUUCAGAGCUCAGCUUCUGCAAAGGGGAGGAACUGGUGGUGUUAGGAGGAGUCGAUCAGGACUGGAUUCGCUGUCGUCAGGGAGACAAGGAGGGCCUGGUACCUAUUGGCUACACCUCCCUCAUCAUGUGACUUUUGCACCAUAACUGCUGCACUCAAUCAAUAUAAACUAAAUAAAAUAAAAAAUAUAUAUAUUUUAGGUGAGUGUUGAGAGGUUAUGGUGUGGCUGCACUACUCUGAAAGGGAUAUUUCACGCUUGCUUGGUUCGAGUUUGAGUUGAGCGCAUAACACCAUCUGUUCUGCUUUACGUUCAUCAGGAGCAGUCCUGAUGAACGCCUUCUCCCUUUAUGAACAUGUGGGCGUUUUUUUCCCCAUCCAGUUUGGUAGCAUUAAACUAAUGGAUGUUAGCAGCAGGAAUGCAGCAGAUGGUGUGAAAUGAUGACUCAAGUCAAAUUUAGAACAUUUCAUACUGGAAGACCUUAUAUCUUGUAGUGAAGUAUCCCUUUAAAGUGCCCUUUUCUCAUUUUCUGCCAUCCUUAUCAGCCACUGAUCUGAAAAUGAUCACAGGGGAAAUUCUGUGCAAACAGCUACUUGUAGAUUUCAAGAGCUUUCAGAUCAGCGGUUGUAUGUCUUGAGGGGGUGACAGUCGACAGCCUGGUAGUAGCCACAUUGAUUCCUCUAGCCAUCAGCCGUAGAGAGUCGCGGCACACAGGUUGUCGAGUGGAGAAAGCAUGUGAGAGUAGUGCGCCGUAGCUCCUGUUGCAUACUGCGUAGUAAUGUAGUGAAUUGUAGCUGUGUAGAUCUGUGUUCUAUUGACCUUUCAUCUCUAUUGGUCUCUCGCCUCUGCCUGGUUCAUGUGUGUUUGACAUGUUUCUGCUAGUAUAAUUGACUGUAUAAAUAUACAUAAAAAAUAUAUAUAUAUAUAGGUAUAUAUAUUGAGAUUGAUAUUACCAAGAUAGGUAGAAAGAUAGAACAAGAGAAAGCAGAUAGUAAAACACAUGCAGCUACAUUGGGGAAGUGGAUGAUUCAAAAUUCUUUACUUCUGCAACCUUUCACACACAUUUAAGUAGUUGUCAUCCAUGCAACAAAAAAGAUGUGUUUUUUAAAGUAUGGAAUCCAGUAUCUUCCCUCCUGUGUGCUUCAUGUAUUGCUUUUGUCUUGACAACAUAUUCGUAGAAAUAUUAGAUUUAGCCUCCUACCUUAAACUCUGUAUGCAUUGUAAUGUGCCAUGAGUGCUUUGAAUGAAUGCCAGAAAAUAUCUAACUGUCCAUAUCCCACACAGUUAUAGAAGAUAAUACCGGACAACAGCAAUCUGUAGUUUAUCUCUCAACUCGUCGAAAACCUCACAGGGCAACAUGUGUCAGAGUAAACACCUCACAAAACUAUCCUCAGCUCUUAUUCAACACUAUCUGACCUUAAACUUAAUGCAGUGAGAAAACCCCAGAUGUAUGUAAUUCAUAAAGCUACUGUAAAGUCGGUGGGUUUGGUGGCUGGUCUUCACCUUAUACCUCAGUUUAUGUAUUUAUCCUUACCCUUCCCGCCAUGUUUGCUCAUCAUAAAAGUGAUAUUAAUGAUAGUGGUAGUAGAAGUGGUAGUGGUGGAAGUGAUAUGUUGAUUCUAGUGUUUAAAACCCAUUGCUUUGUGUUGUAUAGUUAUUAGUUAUUCUCUAGAUUCUGUAUUGGUGACUAUGCAUAUGGUUAAAUGUACAACUAAAAGCCUUUUUGUUUGUUUUAAAGUCAUGGUUUUGCUUUGAUGUUGACACAAAGUCUACAACAAAAUCUUGAAUAGUUAACAUAAAACAGAUUUUAACUGGUCAGGAAAGGCCGACUCUAAAGGACCUUCAUUUAAUUCAGCAGGAAUGUUUUAUUGCUAUUAUCAAUCAGGGAAAGCUCAGUUCUGACACUAUGGCAAAUGUCCAGUAGCAUUAAGUUGAACCAAUGGUCAUAACUUCUAACUUACGAUCACAAUAAAAUGCCAUAAAAUGGAUAAUACCUGUAAGUGUUUACAAGAAAUAUAAAGAUAAAACAUCCGACACUUUGUUUAGUUGUGAUAUUCUGGUCUAAAUGCAUUUGUUCAAAAGCUGUUUAUUUAAUUUAUUGGAUGUGUACUACUUAUUUAUCUUGAGGUUUCUGAAAGGAAUAGCUUUAUCUGACCCAUCAAGUGUGUGUGUGUGUGUGUGUGUGUGUGGUGUGUGUGUGUGUGUGUGUGUGUGUGUGUGUGUGUGUGUGUGUGGUGUGGUGUGUGUGUGGUGUGUGUGUGUGUGUGUGUGUGUGUGUGUGUGUGUGUGUGUGUGUGUGUGUGUGUUGUGUGUGUACAUGGCAGCGUAUGCGUCAGUGGAAGCAGAGAUGAGUGUGAGCACAUCGGUGUGUCUGCACAUCCUGCACUUUCACUUGUAUGUGUGUGUGUGUACCAAUGAGAUCUGUACCUCCCUCUCCUCUUUCUCUCUCCGGUGUCAUGUAGCCUGUAGACAUCCCUGUGUCCUACUAUUGAAUAUAGUUCAGUGCCCCUCUAGUGUCAGUCACUGCCCUCCUCCUGCAUGUGCUUGUUUGUAAAUACACCAAAUAAAAUGAUUAGUAUAAACCAAA